GCAGUUGGGUAUUUCUGUUUCUAUUGAAAAGAGUGAGCAAAAACCCAAGUGGGAAAACAGUGUAGAUAAGUAAUAGAAGUAUUAAAAAUUGAAGGGAAUAAAAGACAAAAACAGGUUAGAGAUAAAGUAGAGAUAGAGAGAGAUCAGAAGAGGGUGUGUACCAAAUGAAUUUAAAGAAACAAAUCAAGAAAAUGGGGAUGACAGACAAAAAUAGGGAUGGGCAAUUGGAGGUGAGGAAUGGAUACCAAAUCCAUUUGAAGGAAGGCAACUGGGUGGCUCUCCUCCACAUGAUUGAUUGUGUGUUUCAUAGUUUUUUUCUUCAUUAUCAUCAUCCUAUUUCUUCCCCAAAUUGAAAAGAUGAAAAAGAAAAUCAAGAUUUUUGGAGUCGUUCCUAAAAGUCGCCAUCUUUCUUUCCUUUUCUGGUGUUCAUCUCCACUCCAUUAUAGAACAGGAAGAAGAUAAGAUCGUUUGUGGCAAAUUUGCCGUGAAGACAAUGAAUUACUGUGAAGAUGAGAUAGAGGAAGAUCAAUGCCAUCGUUAACGACGACAGAGCAUGUCAGAAAUUCAUCAAGACGACAGAUGCUAACCUAUUCCUACCUUCUCAUCUACAUUGCGCUUUCUAGUGGUCAGAUCUUCUUCAACAAGUGGGUUUUGUCGUCAAAGGAGAUUAACUUUCCGUUUCCACUUGGGUUAACGCUACUUCAUAUGGUCUUCUCCUCCGUCUUAUGUUUCCUACUCAAAGUUACCAAGCUUCUGGAUGUCGAACAAGGGAUGACUUUCGAAAUAUACACGACGUCGGUCUUUCCAAUUGGUGCUAUGUUUGCAGUGACUCUUUGGCUCGGAAACACUGCAUACCUGUAUAUAUCAAUAUCUUUUGCUCAGAUGUUGAAGGCGAUCAUGCCGGUGGCUGUGUUCAUUCUUGGUGUAGCAGCAGGACUUGAAGCAAUGAGUUGCAGCAUGCUGCUUAUAAUGUCUGUGAUAAGCUUUGGGGUAUUGGUGGCUUCUUAUGGCGAAAUCGACAUCAAUUGGGUUGGUGUGGUUUACCAAAUGGGUGGUGUUGUUGGUGAAGCUUUAAGGCUUAUUUUCAUGGAGAUUUUGGUGAAAAGGAAAGGGGUCAGAUUGAACCCCAUAUCCAUGAUGUAUUAUGUUAGCCCUUGCAGUGCUGUUUGCUUGUUUGUUCCAUGGAUCUUCCUGGAGAUGCCAAGAAUGGAGUCAUGGAGCUUUCAUCCUUUCGCUCUUACGCUCAAUUCCCUCUGUACCUUCGCUCUCAAUCUCUCGGUUUUCCUUGUCAUACAACAUACAAGCGCGUUAACCAUCCGGGUUGCCGGAGUUGUUAAAGAUUGGGUCGUCGUUUUGCUGUCAGCCAUCCUCUUCGCCGACACAAAGCUCUCCAUGAUAAAUCUCUUCGGUUAUGCCAUAGCCAUUGCUGGUGUAGCUGCAUAUAAUAACUACAAGUUAAAGAAGGAAGCCUGUGAAGGAAGUCCCACUGGAUCCAAGCUUUCUCCUACAGGAAGAACUGCUUCUUCCCCGACGUCAGCUUCCGUUUAGCAGAUUCGAAUCUCACAAUUAUGUAAUUAACCCCGUAGAAAGUUGAAAAAGUACAGAUUACAAAAUGUAAAUGUAGCAAGAAAUGCAUC